GUCCAGUAGAAACAUAAUAUAAAAAUUGGGAAAUGUAAAAUGCGAUAUUCCGGGAGAUAACUACAUAAUGUGUGAACCUGAAGCAGUUCUGAUUAUACAAACAGGAGGAACAAUAGAUAAGGACUAUCCUAAAACCAACCUGGGGUACGCAUUUGAGAUCGCGCAGCCUGCCGUGCAGCGGAUUCUCCCCCGGGCUAGGGUGGGGCCUGACUCUUGUCACGUGAUGUCUGUGUGUCGGAAAGACAGCCAAGACCUAAGGGAUCAUGACAGAGAGAAGUUAGCGAGCACGUGCAUCGAUGCUCGUUCGACGAGAAUUCUUAUCACCCACGGAACGGAUUCUAUGAUAGAGACAGCAGCCUACCUGUCCAAGAGGGUCACAGACAAAACCAUCGUCAUCACCGGAGCCUUCCUCCCCGAAACCUUCAAAGCGACGGACGCCGAUUUCAACGUGGGCUUUGCUCUGGGAGUCCUCACUACGCUGUCGGUGACCGGGGUGUUUAUUGCGAUGAAUGGACAGGUUUCACUGUGGUCUAAAUGUACGCGGAAUCCAGACACUGAUAUGUUUGAGAGAACAUUAUGAAGAUGUUGAAUAUAAUGUAUUUUAUGCAAUGGAUGAAACAGUAAUGAACGAUGAUAUACGAUAAUUUUAAAUUCGAGCGUUAAAUUCUACGCAAUAUGAUGCAAGUGCUGGACUUUGUUGAUCAUUUGGUAAAAAUCUAUUAUUCUUUUAAAGAGAAAUUCAAGAGGGCUGGGGAAUAGGUUCUAUUGUUAACUGUGAUUCUACUUACCAUGUAUGGAAAAAACAUUAAUAAUGUUAUAUUCUUUAAAGAAUUUAUUUAAGUACUAGGAAGUUUUUGAGAUAUGGGGCAUGUUUUUCAUUAUAGCAGCCCUUUCCCCCAAAAAUCCUUUUUUUCUGUCUAAUAUCUUGAAUACUCUCCAGACCCAAAAUCCGUAUACUUUCAUUCAUAUGUGAUUUACAUGCAUGUCCUACUGAAAUGCAUUUAAAGUGUUACCCCUUUCCAUCUUUUUUGUCAUAAUUAAUCAUUAAAUAAUCAUAAUUUCCCCAUAAUUAAUGCUUCCUUCUGAGGCAUUUUCAAUUUUUUGCAGAUGUGGAGCUCAGUUGUGUAUAUAUCUUUUUACUGAUCAGCUAAAUCAACCUAUCUCAGAAGAAUUAUAUGAACUCUCAGUAGGUGUUAUUCCUUUUAACAUUUACCUACGAUAAAUAACCAAAACGAUAAGGCUUUAUACACGUGUAUGAAUAGAAUGACUGAAUAUUAAAAUUGUACAAGAAUUAUAAUGAACAAUAUAUAAAAUAUUCUAUUCUGAAUUUUGAGGAUCCUUUACAGGGUUGUGUUUUAUACUCAGGUGACCACUACGGCCUAUUGGCCUCUUGUAUACAAAGUAUAGUACUUGCAUAAAUGAGAACAGAACUUCGUUUUCAGUAUAAAUAUUUAUAUAAAUUUAUAUAUGUAUAUAAUAUAAUUUGAAAAUAAAAUAAUUGAUGUUA